GCAAGGGUAAAUGUAAUCUAAUAGUAUGUAUUUGUUAUAUAAUCUGAUAAUAUAUCUUUCUAUCAUACAUGCAUCUUCCUAAUCGGGCUAAUGUUAUGAAUGUUCUGUUUAGUUUCAUAAUACUCAAAGAGAUUCAUGUCUCGUGUGUAAAUGCAAAUAUGCCAUUUGAGGUGGGUAAGUUUUACAGGACCUGUAAUGAUGCGUCUGGCUCUCGAAUUAGAAGGCAAAGAGUAACUGAAAACAUAUUCAUACCAGAUUCUAAUUUGAGUGAGACGGAGGAGGACAUACAUGAUGAUGGGGAUGACGAGAUCUCCCAAUUUCAGAAGGAUUUUAAUUUGGAGGAUAUGUUUGAGGAUAAAGCAGACGAAAGUGAUGGCAAAGGCAGUGAUUAUGAUAUUUCUGAAAGUUCUGAUGAUGAAAAAGAUAUUGCCAGUGAUCAUGCUGAAGAAUGA